AUGAAUAGAAGCAGUCGCCAAAUAACACUUACGGCGAGCAUACGCAAAGCAGAAAGUAGACGAAGGCCCAAAUAGGUAUCGAGAUGUUUGAUGUAUUCGAUAAGCCACCUGCGGAUCCCUUGGAGUUACCCCUGGCCAUAGGGCCAUGGCCCGCAAUAAUCAUAGUGUCGGCUUAUCUGCUCUUCGUGUUCAAAGUGGGGCGCAAGUUCAUGGAGAAUCGAAAGCCCUACGAUCUGCAAAAAGUCCUUAAAAUUUACAAUCUUGUACAGAUCGUGUACAAUGGCCUGUUGUUUAUAUUUACGGUCCGCACGAUAUUAGUAGAAAGCCCGUAUAACCUGCGCUGUAUUACGGUGCUGCCGCUGGAUCAUCCGGCUAAGCCCAUUGAGCAGGCUCUGUGCUAUGCGUACUACCUGAACAAGAUACUCGAUCUGAUGGACACUGUGUUCAUGGUGCUGCGCAAGAACUACAAGCAGAUUACAGUGCUGCAUUGGCUUCACCACUCGAUCAUGGUGCUGGCCGUAUAUGGCGGAAUCCGAUUCAGUGGCCAUGGUGGGCAUUUUGUUGUGAUGGGCUGCUGUAAUGUCUUCGUGCAUGCCGUGAUGUACACCUACUACUACAUAUCAUCCCAGAGCCAGGCGGUCAAGCAAAGUCGCGCCUGGAAGCAGUACAUCACCAUUCUUCAAAUGAUUCAGUUUUUCCUGGUGAUGUGGCAUAGCGUUCUCACCUUAAUGCAGCCCAACUGUGAUGUGCCACGCCUGGCCAUAGCUGUCACGCUAGCCAUGGCCAUACUUAUGGUAGUCAUGUUCACCAAUUUUUACAUACACACCUACAUAUUGCCAAGGAAGGUGAAGCAGAAAUAAUUCCCAGUUUCCUGUUUCUAUACUGACCCAUUCGAAAUAUGAUUUCAAAUAUGUGAUCAAUUUAUUUUAAUUUUUAGUCCAUUAAGCAUAGAGUUAGACUUACCUCAUU